GGUGGUCGCUCCUGAAGGUCGACUACCUCCUGCUCGAUCGUGCUUCCGGAGAGCAUCGAUCCGCCGCGAGCGAGCGAGAAAGAGAGAGAAGGCUCAGGAACGAUGUCGGUGCAGGAGUAUCUGGACAAGCACAUGCUCUCGCGCAAAAUCGAAGACGCCGUCAAUGCCGCGGUUAGGGCCAAGACUCCCGAUCCCGUCCUCUUCAUCUCGAAUCACAUGAGGAAGGCGGUCCCGUCGGUCAUAACGAAGAUCAAGGCCAGGCAGAUACUGGACAGCAGGGGCGUUCCGACUGUCGAGGUCGACUUGUACACCCACAAAGGGAUGUUCCGCGCCUCGGCUCCGAGCGGCGACCAGACCGGAAUGUACGAGGCUGUGGAAUUGCGGGACGGGGACAAGGGAGUGUAUCUUGGAAAUAGCGUACAGAGAGCUGUUAGGAAUAUCAACGAGAAAAUCUCCGAAGCACUGAUAGGGAUGGAUCCUAUUCUUCAGUCUCAGAUUGAUCAGGCCAUGAUAGACCUGGACAAAACGGAGAAGAAGGGUGAGCUGGGAGCUAAUGCAAUAUUGGCUGUGUCAAUUGCUGCUUGCAAAGCUGGUGCUGCUGAAAAGGAGGUUCCCCUUUAUAAGCACAUUGCUGAUCUUGCUUGUAAGCCCGACCUGACUCUUCCAGUACCUUCCUUCACUGUUAUAAGUGGUGGAAAACAUGCUGGAAACAACCUUGCCAUUCAGGAAAUCAUGAUUCUACCAAUUGGAGCCUCCACAUUUGAGGAGGCUUUACAAAUGGGUUCUGAAACCUAUCAUCACUUAAAGGCUGUUAUUAUGGAGAAACAUGGUCCACAGGGAUGCAAUGUGGGUGAAGAUGGUGGCUUUGCUCCGAAUGUGUCCAGCCUUAGAGAAGCCCUGGAUCUGGUUAAAGAGGCUAUCAGCAGAACGGGCUAUAACGAGAGAAUAAAGAUAGCUAUCGAUGUCGCUGCUACUAAUUUUUGCAUAGGCACAAAAUAUGAUCUGGACUUCAAGUUUCCAAAUAAGUCAGGGCAGAAUUUCAAAUCUGGGGAGGAUAUGAUAGAUAUGUAUAAGGAGCUCUGUUCUGACUAUCCGAUUGUAUCAAUCGAAGAUCCAUUUGACAAGGAGGACUGGGAGCAUGUUAAGUAUUUCUCCAGCCUUGGAGUUUGCCAGGUUGUUGGGGAUGACUUGCUAAUGUCAAAUCCCAAACGUGUUGAGAGAGCAAUCAACGAGUCCGCUUGUAAUGCUUUUCUUCUCAAGGUAAACCAGAUUGGAACGGUGACGGAGGCCAUUGAGGUGGUCAAGCUAGCAAAGGAUGCUCAUUGGGGAAUUGUAACAUCACAUAGAUGUGGUGAAACUGAAGAUACUUUCAUAGCCGACCUAUCUGUGGGACUAGGUACUGGUCACAUCAAGGCAGGUGCUCCUUGUCGAGGAGAACGACUGGCAAAGUACAACCAGUUGCUUCGCAUUGAGGAAGAGCUUGGUGAUCAAGCUGGUUAUGUCGGUGAAGAUUGGAAGCUGUCAUAGCAGUUGAUGUUUCUUAUGGGGAGUUAAGACCAUCUAAUUACGGUCAGGUACUGAGCGGGACUGGAUACUCUUUUCCCUUAUUUGGUUCAACCCCUUCAGAAAAAUCGUUAUUAUUGGAAGACCAACCUUUUUUUGAUUGAGUAUGCCUUGUGAGAGAUGUGUAUUAUUCUUUGUGAUGCUUUUCAUUUGAUCAUUAGAGAUCAUUGUUUUCAGAUGAAGGAAAUAGAUGUAAUUGAGUAGGCAGAAUUCGGGCAUAAUGGAAGGAACAUGGGUUGAGCUUGUUUAAAAAAGGCUAUUGCCAUCAUUCUUUCAAUCAAUCGGCUCCCGUGUCUUGGUUAUUGCACUGACAUACCGAGGACAUGUAACGGCUGUAUUACUCAAGGUUUACUUUGUAAGGCAUUCCAUAUCCUAUCGUACUCUUUGUUGGGUGUAAAA